AGGGCGGCGCUCUCUGCCCAGAAUGGUCCGAGUCCGUUCCUGGAGACCACUCCAGGAUCCAAGGCUGUUCGAGGAUACAGUCUAACUUGAGACAAGACUAAUCAGUAGACAGAAAAAUACCGGAAAUGGGGGGCAGACGGGCUUGUUUGGGAGAGGGGACUCAGAGGAGGCAGCAUUCUGUAUGUGAUCUGAGUGAGCCAUCAUGGGAGAUAAAGAAGAGUAUUCUAGGGGCACCUGGGUGGCUCAGUCGGCUGAGGGUCUGACUCUUGACUUUGAUUCAGGUCAUGAUCUCACGGUUUGGCCAUGGGGCUCUGCGCUGACAGCGUACUACUGCCUGCUUGGGAUUCUGUCUCCCUCUCUCUUUGCCCCUCCCCCAAUUGCUCUCUAUAUCUCUAUUAAAAUAAAUAAAAAUACACUUAAAAAAAAGAGGGGUAUUCUAGGCAGAUGGAUCAGCCAGUUAAAGGCCCGGACAAGAGAGGAUUUCGACAGGGCUUAAGACAAAGAAGGACCAAGUGUCUAGACGUGGUAGUUGGGGGAAUGAGGAGAUCAGCAAAACCAGUCUCCUAGCGGCCUUAGAAAGAAAUACAGGGAUUUGUUUGUGGUGCAAUGGGGGAGCACUGGGACUUUGGAGCAGGGAAUGGCCUGGGCUGGCUCCUGUUUAAAUAAUCCCAUCUGCUUUAGGAGAACCACUCUGUAAUCAGAGUGGAGGCUCCUGCCCUCAUCCACCAAGAGAAGGGAGGGCCUGGGUCUGCGUGGGGCUGGGGCACAGAAGGGGGUGAAUUUGGGGUAUGUUCUGGAGUUAAUAUCAAGUUUUGCUGAUGUAUGAAUAUGAGUAGGGAAAGAGGAGCAUCUAGCAUGACUCCUAGAUUUCUGGCCUGAACAACUGGUUGGAUGGAAUUGCUGUGAAUUGAUCCAGGAAAGACUGGAGAAGAACAGGUUUGGGGAGGAAAACCAAAUGAUUAUUUGUGGACAUGUGACCCUUGAGAUGCCUGUUAGACAUCCUAUAUGAGAUGCCGGGUCAGCCACUGGGUGACUCUGGAAUUUGGGAGAGAAAUCAGCACUGAAGCCUUAGAUCUGGGAGGCAAAGUGAGUGGAUGGUAUUUAAGGCCAUUGACUUGGAGAUGGGAGAAGUGAGUAUAGACAGAGGAGGGCAGCAGUCAGGACUGAGUCCUGGAGCACUCCUCUGGGUGGUAGUAGGAAAGCAGAACCAGCAAAGGAGCUAAGCAGGAGCAGCUGGGGAGGUGGGAGGAAACAGAGUGUGGGCACUUUAGGAGCCAAGGGAGCAAGUGUCAAAUGCUACCAAGGAGAUAAGAUUGGAGAAUGAGUUGCUGAAGCUGGUAGUAUGCAGGUCUCUGAGGACUCCAACAGGGCAGUUUCAUGAAGGGAGAGACGAACUUGAUGAUAGUGGGCAGAAGCAAGUGAGAGAUGAAGAAUUGGAAAGAGCAAGUGUAAACAACUUUUUAAAAAUUGACAUAUAAAUUUGGGGCAUCUGGGUGGCUCAGUCUGUUAAAUGUCUGACUCUUGAUUUUGGCCUAGGUCAUGAUCUCACAGGUUUAUGAGUUUGAGCCCCACAUCAGGCUCUGGGCUGACAGUGCGGAGCCUGCUUGGGAUGUUCUCUCUCUUCUCUUUCUGCCCCUCUUUCUCUCUCUCUUUCUCUCUCUCAGAAUAAAUGAACUUUCAAAAAUAAAAAAAUUUAAAAAUUGACAUAUAGCAUAAAUAUAACAAUUGGACAACUCUCAAAGGUACAGCUCAAUAAAUUAAAAAAAAUUUUUUACAUUUAUUUAUUUUCGAGAGACAGAAAGAGGCAGAGCAUAAGCGGGGAGGCAGAGAGAGAAUGAGACAUAGAAUCUGAAGCAGGCUCCAGGCUCUGAGCUGUCAGCAGAGAGCCCGACGUGGGGCUCAAACUCACAAACCGUGAGAUCAUGACCUGAGCUGGAGUCAGAUGCUUAACUGACUGAGUCACCCAGGCACCCCUCAAUAAAUGUUUUUUAAAGUUUAUUUAUUUAUUUUGAGAGACACAGAGACAGCACAAGUGGAGGGAGGGGCAGAGAGAGAGAGAGAGAGAGAGAGAGAGAGAGAAUCCCAAGCAGGCUCCAUGCUGGCAACACAGAGCCUGAUGCACGGCUCAACCCACAAAGCCAUGAGAUCAUGACCUGAGCCUAACCAAGAGUUGGACACUUAACCGGCUAAGCCACCCAGGCGCCCCCAGCUCAAUAAAUGUUAAAGUCUGUAGACACUUAUGCAUCUGUCACCUAGAUCAAGGUAGAAACUGUCCCCAGCUCCUCCAAGAGGCCACUUUGUGCCCCCUCCAGUUGAUAUCCUCCCCCCACAUAACCACUAAUUUGAUUUAUAUCACCAAGGAUUCUUUUUGCUUCUUGAAUGUAGACAACUUUUAAGAGAUUUUGUUGAUGGCUGGGCUCAGAUUUUGUAGACAGAUAAUGUUUUAAUGGUGAGGGGAAGUGGGCAACUGGGGUUUGGACUCUGUGGGGUAGCAAAUCCUGAGCCCAGUUUUCCUGGAUGCUGUGCUUGUGCUGUCUCCAAGGACUGCAUGACUGAGACUUACUUCCCUGAACCUCAGUUUCCCUACCUGAAGUUUGAUCCUUUUCCCCUAACAUUUCCUUUGGGUUGUAGUAAGAACGGGGGGAUUCAUCAGAAGCAGUGAAACCUGGGGUUGUCCAGACCUCUUAAUGCCUGUCUGGAGUCUAGAGCUCAAGUCACCAGGGAUGGGCGGAGCUAGAAUCUGGGAGGCUCAGGAGUGCAGCCUGCCCAGCUGUGUUUAAGCGACUCACCUGACAACAGGGUGAGCCUGACAAACACGGCUGGUCUUCUGGAGUCUCCUCUGCUGUCUGCGUCUUGAGGCCACUAUGGCACUGCUCAGGAUCCUGGCGCUUCUGCUUGCUCUGACUGUCUCUGAACUCCACUGCCUGCCCUGGUUCAUAAAUGUCUCUGAGAGCCAGGGACCCGGCACGAUCCUUCAGUCCUUCUCCUUCAACUGCACUUCUCACAUGCCCACCCUACAGUUGGUCCAUGUGCAGCCACCCACCACCUUCUUCAACCCACCCAGCCUGACCAGGUGGCAGGGGAUCUAUGUGGGCAUGGUGACCUUAAGCAGCUCGGCCCGGCUGGAUGCUCUAUCGGUGAAUCACUAUAAGCUGCAGCUGCGGUUCACAUGCGGCAACCAUGUGAUGGAGGGACCACUCUCUGUGGAUGUGCGGCGGGACCCUGGUCAUAGUGCAUGUGCUGGCCGAUUUGCCAGCCCAGCUGGAGAAAUCAUUCAGGUUCUGGAAACAGUCACACCUGGGGCCAGACUGUACACUCUGCUGCUGCCAGGCCUGGAAGUCCAGCGUGCCCAGAUAAAUAUCAUCAGUGCCCAGGACCCUCCAUACUUUCCUGGACCUUUCUCCAUCAAUGGUCAAGGUUGGCUGCUGGUGCCAUCCCAGGGCCUCAAAGGCCAGGCUGAAAAGGUCUUCCAGCUUCAGAUUUUGGUGACUUUUGGACAAAAUCGAAGCUGCCUUGGGAUGCUCAAGGUGAAAGUUUUGCCUGUUCCCUCCAGCCUGAUCUCUUUCCUGAAGCAAGCCUCGAAUAUCACCAUCCUGGAGGACCUGCCCCCCGGGGGUAAGGUGGUUCAGGUUCGGGCCCGGGGCUUCGACGUGCGCUACGAAAUCCUCUCCCCGGUGCCCUGCCCCCUCUUCUCCAUCGGACGUGCCGACGGUGUGAUUCGCACCACCGCGCCUCUGGAGUUAGCGCAGGCCCCGGGCGCGGCGGUCACUAGACUGAGAGUGAAGGCCUACGAACGGCUCAGGCCGUGGGUCAGCGUGGAGCUCGAGCUCACGGUGAACGUGCGCUCGGUCAACCGCUGGCCUCCGCGCUGCCUCCCAGCGAUGCUGGUGACUCAAAUCCCCGAGACGACGCCGGUGGGCACCGUGCUGAACACCUUCACUUGUGCUGAUCCAGACUCUCCCGGCUCCAUCCUCGACUACCAGCUGCAGUUCCACAGCCCUCCUGGCUCAGCUAGCCUCUGCCUUCGAGACAGGGUCCUGGAGGUGAAUGCCACACUGGACUGUGAUGCUCGUGGGGCCUGCUUUCAGCAUGCAGCCUCCAUACUGGUGCUCGAUGGUGGUCAGCCCCUGAUGACCACUGAGGUGCCAGUACUGGUGAUGGUGACUCCUGUGAACGAGUUCUCCCCAGCCUGUGUCCCACACAAGUUCCGGAUCCGGGAAGAUGCAGGGCCCCACACUCUGCUGGGCUCUGUGGUGGGCAUGGACAAGGAUUACCCACACAACAACAUUGAGUACUACAUCUCUGGAGGGCCUACCAUCUUUUCUGUGGACCGUCUCAGUGGGGAGGUUCAUCUCCUGGGAUCUUUGGACUAUGAGCUGCAGACAUUAUACAGGCUCAAUGUCCUGCUGAUUGACCAUGGCCAAGACCAGGACCCCACUCACCACCGCUCUGGUUCCUGUACAAUUACCAUUGAGGUUGAGGAUGUGAACGACCAUGCCCCGGAAUGUCAGCCUCCAUUUCAGGAACUCACCAUCUACGCUCUCCUGGGCCAUAGUGUGGAGGUGACCAAGGUGUCAUGUUGGGUUCCUCAGGAGCCACAGCGUCUGGCCUUCUCCUACAGCAUUGUGGGAGGGAAUAGUCAGAGCCGAUUCAGCCUGCAAGGAGCCACCCUGGUGUACAACAACAUCUUGUUGGGGCCUCUCUGGCCAGAGCAGUUCUAUACUUAUGAGCUGUUGAUCCGUGUGGCCGAUGCAGGUCCCUCCAUCCCCCACCUCAGUACCACAGCCACCGUCAGUGUGCAUCUAAUUCCCUGGAGCGCCAGCACAGUGGCCACCCGCACCCACAGAUCCACAGUGCCUUCAGUGAUGACACCCCUGCUUGUGACCGACACAGAGGCUUUCUGGCAGCCGGAGCCCUGGUUUGUGGUGGUGCUGACAGUGACCAGCGCCCUCUUUGUCUUGGCUCUGGGCUGGCUCCUCCUCAGGCUCUUCCAGGGGUUGGUCCAGAUGCAUCAGACACCAAGCAAACCAGCCCAGGCUUUGCUACUAAACGGCAUCCAGGGAACUGAGGAGUCCAUUCAGGGGUUCAUGGAGGCACCGAGAAUGGAGAUGUCCCAGGCACCCAGCAGUGUCGACCUGAGCUUGCAGCACUUUGAUGGCAGAGCACAGGACUCCCGUGAGUCCCCCUUUUCCCAAACUACUCUUCACCUGGGUCCACUUUCUCUCCUUACCCCAUCUCAGCGUCUCCUCCUACCACCAGGCAUCCACUAUCUACUCUUUCCCUGAAUGGGGUCUGUUCUCACCCCAAUGUUUCUCAAACAUCUGUUGGGCCAGAAGGUAACUCAGACCUGGUCUGGUUCCUGCCCAUGGCAGAAGCGGUGGUGAGGGGAAAGUCCCCCAGAUAUUACAUUGUCAUCAGUGAUUUAUGGCAGAUUAAUCUGGCACUGGGCUUAGGGAAGCUGGUGUUCAGUUUGGGGAAAUCAAGGAUGCUUCCUGUGCAUUUGAGCUAGACCUCACAGGAGUGCUGAGAAAGGAGGGAAGGGACGAGUUGGAUCAAGCAGAAGGAGGGUCUCACCAAGGGUUCUGGAAUGUCUUCCCCUACCUUUAAGGGAAGGAGGCUGUUCUGCUGAGUCCAGCAGUGCCCUCUCUCCCUCCUGACCAUUUGAACUCAGGCACAGGCAGAGAUUACCUGUUCAACACGCUCACAGGAGCCCGGCGCUGGCUCUGAAGCCAAGAAGCUGCUUCACUGUUUGUGGAAUUUUUUCUUCCCAUGAUCAUGCUGUUGAGUUUUUAAGUUGAUUCAAUAAUAAACAAAAUUACAAAAGAAGAG